UUGGUCCUCGUUGGUAUGGUGUUUUUGUAUUCUUCUGGGUAUCCUUGUGGUGAUCGAGAGAAGGGUCUGUGAGAAGUGUUUAAAAUACGUGUGAUUUGCGGCGUGAGCGGUGUUGAACAAGGCUACUAGAGCGGGAACCAACUUUAGUUAAUUCAUUUAUUUAUGUUAUUAUUUUUUUUCUUUCCCCUAGCGUCGUUGGCAUGAGAGAGAGAGAGAGAGAGAGAGGGACAGUGGGAGGCAAACUAGACACUUACGAGCGAAAGAGGUGAAGCGCUAGAAUUCCGCUGCUGCGGCACCAGUUGGGUUUUUCCAUCGAAGGUUCCUGCUACGAUUGCAUUUCAGAGCCGAAAAGCAUUCGAAGAUUUGAUUGCGAUAAUUGCAGAUGUUGUAUGAAUCAUUCGGUGUAGUCGAGAGAGAGAGUGAGUGAGAGAGAGAGACACCGACCUUGCGAGUCUAGUGAGGUGCGAACGGCUUGUGCUAUGAAAGUGGAACUAAUUUUUGUCGGACUGCGUUUCAACCCUCAGUUGUGGUGUUCAUUCCCUGGUUGAAAGAGCUCGGUUCCAUUUAGCCGAGAGUCUCUUGUUCUGCCUUGUUUCUUCUAGGCGCUAUUUAUCGGUAGGUUUUUUCCUCCUGUGUUGAAGAAAACAGGGUAGAUAACGUCGGUGUUGUCGCCGUACAGUUCUUUUGCCCUUGAGCGACACCUAGGAGGUGCCUGAGUUUGAGUGAGGCUUGUAAACAAGCUCUAAAUUCAAUUUUACAGUAAGCCUGUUAAAGCUCAAGAGUGCGCUGAGGAGUUUGCUUUUGAUACAGCAACAAUUACGGGCUAUGGUGAGAGAUGUAUAGAAUAUGUUUGAUACUGCAGAGUAUCGAGCUCUUCGGUGAGGUCCAUGGUUCCAUCCUUUUUGUGAGCGGUUGUUAGCGCAUCUUUUGCGUAGAAUUUUGAAGGAUUUAGUGUGUGCUCUUGUUCCGACUUUUUUCUAUCACAAAAAGUAAUCGUUAUGAAUGACAAAGUUCUUCAAGGAGUAUUUUCUUAGUACAGCACUUGCAGCCCAAGGAGUGUAGGCUAUGCAAGUAAGGUACAAGAGACGUAGUAUCAUUUUAUUGGUGGUGUAUCAAGUCCACCGUGAUGAGUUACCAGGUGCGACACUUUCAACCAAGCACCAGCAGGUUUCGUAGUGGAGGAUUCAUUUCUGUGUCACUACGCAUUUCUUCUGGAUGCCAACACUCCAACUGGAUGUCAUCGCCGCACAAACCUGUGCAACCGGAGCCCAAGAAGCGGAAAGCGUGUCCCACAGCCACUGCGUUUCUAGAUCCCGGGCUUUGGAAAUUUCUUCCCGAUGAUUUGUUGGAGAAAGUGGCGGCUUUCAUGCCUUUUCCGGGUCUUUUUAGGUGCCGGGCCGUGAACAAACGACUCAAGGAUUUUGUGUUUUCCGAGAAGUUUCAAGAAGCUCGGGCGUGUGUUCAGUCAUGGAAUGCCUUGUCUCCUACAUCUCAAUAUCUUCUUAUUUUUGCCACAAUUGAGGGGAAGAACAUGUGCACUGCUUUUGAUGCGGUAGCGAAUCGAUGGUUGUGCAUGCCCCCAAUGCGGGGACUUGAUCCUCGAGCCAAAGAUUGCAUAGCAGGAGACGGGGGACUGUUAUGUUUCCGAGACGUGAAUGAGCAAGGGAUUGCGAGUUUGUUUGUCUUCAAUCCUGUCACAGCGAGCUGUAGAGAGCUACCGCCAAUGCACGUUGGCAACUCCAUGAUGCAGCAUAAUUGGCUGUUGACGCAUAUGAUCUUUAACAGAUUCACAAGUUCCUACAAGUUGUUAGUGCUUACCAAGAGAACGUGUCCUCAAGCCCUUGCUCACAUGGAGAUUUACGACUCUCUUACGCAAAUGUGGUCCGUCGACAAUAACUUAUCGGUCAUUGAAAGAAAGUACAAGCUAAGCUUUCCUCCCCAGGUGGGAGCAUGUUGUGACAACUUUUUUUACUUCGUGGCCAAGGAAGGCAUCCUAAGGAAUAGCAAUGUAAUGGGGCUGGUUGUGUACGACAUUUACGAGGGCGUGUUCCGUGAGAAGCUUCUGUACAGAUGUGAACCAAGAUGUCCAGGAAGCAAGAUUGGAGUGCAAGUCGUGGAAUGCAAGGGCACAGUGUACAUGGUGGUUCGCGAGGACGAUUGCAAAGGCACCAAGGGAGUUUCUUUUUGCAGGCUGAAUCCUUCUAAAGAGCAAAAGAUUGAGGACGCAGUGUUGUUUGAGAGUUUCUUCGCCAAGUGGGGCUCCAAGUUCCCUGUCUAUCGGUGCGUUUCUGUGCGUAAUGAGCUAGGCUUACUUCUCUACGACAAGUCAUUUCAAGUCCUGGCAGACGAUUUGUCCGAAGAGCUCAAGCUUCCACCCUGUCCUUUCCAAGGACUAGCUAAUUUUGUCUCCUCCACAUCCCUGCUCUCCUGCAACAAGCCGUUACACGUGUAUUAUGCUACACAGAAUGUGGUCUCCGAGGCUCACUUUCAGCCCAAUGCGUCUGCCACAGUUUAAGCGUAGAAUUGCAAACCUCUUCACCCUCUAACAAGUUUGGUUAUAUUCUUAUUUUUAACUGAAGGUAAUUUUUUUGGUGAUCAAUAGGUAGACAAAGGAAUUGUCUUUGAAUGCUUCUCAGGGAUUCAUUAAUUCCCUAAGGAAGCGGUUUUCUGGGUUAGCCAACAUCUGGUAUGACGUUAGAUAUAAAUCGUAUAGCGUGCGAGGGAUGCACUCCACAUGUGUAUAUAAUGGUUCAAUUUGACGCGAUCUAUGAGACUUACAGCAUCCAGUUAUUUUCGUGGUACAUCAAGGAAUACCCUUGGUUGUAUCUGUAGAGUCCUUGCGGAUGAAACUUUCGUUUUCUCCUUGUGCACAUUGUGACCUUGCAUGUGUAGCUUCACAGGAGUGUACGAGUCUGAAAAUUGUUGUCAUCAAGUGUUUGAUGACUUGUACAUUCUCAAAGAAAGCUUUGCGAAUGUAUUGAGGGGUGGUGUUUUGAUGUAUUAUUUCAAUAUAAUACACAUUCAAUGCAGGAAAAUGUACACAACAAAUCACUUCAUCAA